AAUGAAGACUAUAUGCUUUGCUUUCCUCUCCAUUCUUUUCUCACGCUUUGUUUGUAAACUUCUCCUCUUUGUUUCCUAAGGAAGAAGGAAGCAUCAAACAGCUAGCGAUCAUGAUUGGGUUCGCGCUGACAGCCUUGGGAUGGCUCGCGGAGAGCUUCAUGGUUGCCUUGGCCGGAAAGGCCGUCGAUCGCGCUGUUCAACAGUUUGGUGAGCAGCAUGGAGUUGAAGAAGACCUCAAGAAGCUGAAGGAUUCUCUCGCCAACGCCAUGUUGCAAAUCAGCACCAUCGAGAACUUGUGGCUAAAAGAUGAGAGCCUGCAGAAGAGAUUGAAGGAGUUGCUGAUAGGCCUCAAGGAUGCUGCUUACGAUGCUGAUGACUUAUUGGAUGAAUUCCAAUACAGAAUUCUGAAGCAGCAGAUCGAGCAACAAGCAGAUGAGGCUGGUAACCGAGCAUCGUCUUCCUCCUACUCCACUCCCCCUCCAGGCAAAAAGAUAAAAACUUCAUUAUCUAGUUACGCCAGUGGCCUUUUCGGAAAAGGGGAUGAUGAUGAUAAUAAUAAUGAUGUGCAGAGAAUGAGGGAAAUAAAGAGGAGGCUAGAUGACAACUCAGCUGCUCUUGAGAAAAUUUACAGUUCCCUAGGCGCAGAAGAUGAUAGAGGAAAGAAACAAUUGGUGUCCUCGGAGAGCCGGCAAACGAGCUCCUUUUCGAUCGAACCUCAAUUGUUUGGCAGAGACAAAGAGCUGCAAGAACUCAAGGAUUUGUUGUUGAAAUCAGAAGUUGCAUCUAAAUUUGACCAAGGUGGAGUCUCUGUUUUAUCUAUUACUGGUAUUGGAGGGAUUGGGAAGACCACUCUGGCUCAGGAAGUCUUCAACGACAAUACCGUGGAAGAAUACUUUAAACUCAGAAUUUGGGUCUGUGUUUCUGAAAAUUUCAGCACAGAGAGAUUGACCAGAGAGAUUAUAGAGUAUACAACCAAGAAGAAGUGUAAUGUCCCAAACUUCGCUGCUCUUCAAGUGGUUCUCAAGGAGAAGAUCACUCAAGAGAGAUUUCUACUGGUAUUGGACGAUGUGUGGAACGAGGAAAGGCACAAAUGGGAGAGCCUUUGUGCACCAUUGAGGUUUGGAAAACCUGGUAGCAAGAUAUUAGUAACAACUCGCUCUAGGAGUAUUGCUGGCAUGGUUGGUGAUGUGGAUCCGAUUCAUCUGGAUGGUAUGGAUGAGAAGAGCUUCUGGAAUUUUUUCAAGAAAUGUGCAUUCGGUUCUUCAAAUAGUGGUAUUCAUCAUCCUCAUUUAGAAGCCAUGGCGAAGAAGAUGACUUAUAAAUUAAAGGGAUUGCCGCUUGCAGCAAAGACUCUAGGAGGGUUGAUGAGCAUGAAGUUGGAUGAGCAACACUGGAAAAGCAUUUUAGAUAGUGAAAUAUGGCAACUUCCCCAAGAAGAAAAUGGGAUUAUGCCAGCGCUACAACUGAGCUAUCAAUAUCUUCCACCUCAUCUUAAACAAUGCUUUGCAUUUUGCUCCUUGUUUCCUAAAGACUAUGAGUUUUCUGAAUCUAAGUUGAUCGGUAUUUGGAUAGCAGAAGGAUUCAUAGUGCACCAAGGAAGUAUCAGAAUGGAGGAGCUAGGAAGCAACUACUUUCAUGAGUUAGUUAACAGGUCUUUCUUUGAAAAGUCAACAACCAGAAUGGUGGAGCGGGGAAGCAACUACUUUCAUGAGUUAGUUUACAGGCGGUCUUUCUUUCAAAAGUUAGGAACAACAACCGAUCGUAGGGGUCGGGUUUUCAUUCAAAGUUCAACCGAUGAAAAAUUUGUAAUGCAUGACCUCAUACAUGAUCUUGCAGAACUCAUAUCUAUGGGCGAGUCUUACCGGGUUGAGAAAGGCAAGUUCCAUGCAAUUCCUAGCACCAUUCGUCAUCUUUCAAUGUACAAAGAGGAAGAAGGUAUGCUGACAAGAGGUUUAAUAGAUUAUCUCAUUACAAUAAAUUACGAACGCUAAUGUUGUCAUCAAGAUACACUCGUGAGAGUUUUAUUUUUGAUUGUGGUGUUUUGGAAAAAUUUAAAAAGAUUCGUGUUCUUGGCU